GUCAACGCUUUAAAACAGAUUGUAAAGCAAAUGAAAAAUAUAAGGCUGACCAAAAAACUGUUGAGCAGUUAUUCAGCAAUGUUUAGGUCAUUAGGUUUUGGUGUAAAAAGCUGAUCCAUACUAGACACACACACACACACACACACACACACACACACACACACACACACACAUACACACAGCUGCUACUAACUAAACUAGAAAUUAGGUGGAUUUGGAAAGGAAAUGCAGGCGAGAUAAAGUGCGGUACCCUACAUGGCUUGGAACUCAAGAGAGGAAGACAAAAUCCUUUUGUGGACAAUAAAGAUUACAACUGUUAGGCUACUUCCUCCUCACAGGUAAAUUCCCCUCUCGCAUAGAGCGUCGUUGGGCUACAAGGCGCCCAUGAGCAGAAGUGAAAGCGAUGUUUUCUGACGCAGUCAGCGUUGAGCUGCUGCCUAGUCGUAGUCAUGAUCUAGUCACUUCAGACGACUAAAUCGUAUUCUUUCAUGAAGAUAUGACAGAUGGCUAAAAAAAGAACACCGUUCACCUGCAGAACAUGCAAUUAAGUAAGUUAAAAAAAAAAUGGAAAUGGAAUCCACUUGCCAACCGCCUGUUCUGAUUAAAGACGAUAGUCUCGCGUCGUGGGAGGUGAUUGACAGCGGAGGCUUUGGACAGAUCCAUCGGGCCAAACAUGUUCGCUGGGGCAUGGACGUGGCCGUGAAGGUGCUCCACCACAGUGAGGGGUCUGGGGUAGCCCUCUGGAAGGAAGCCGACAUGAUGCGGCAGGGCAGCAACCCCUUCGUGCUGCGGAUCCUGGGGGUGUACCAGGGCUACCCGCCGGUAGGAGGUCCCUCCCCGUCCUACCAGCUGGGCUUGGUCAUGGAGUUCAUGGAGCGGGGCUCCCUGGCCAGACUUCAGGAAGCCCUCGGCGGACCCCCGCCCUGGCCUUUGGCUUUCCGACUGGCCCACCAGGUGGCCCUGGGCAUGAACUUCCUCCACUGCAUGAGUCCACCGCUGCUGCACCUGGACCUGAAGCCCAGCAACGUGCUGCUGGACAGCGACCUCACCGCCAGGCUCACGGAUUUCGGCUUGGCCAGACUGGCCCGCAGUGUGUCCAAGAGAAGCAGGGAAGCGGACAGUGAGACGGGAGGGACAAUCAGCUACAUGCCUCCUGAGGCCUUCAACCUGUCAUACAAGCCUACCAGUGCCUCGGACGUCUACAGCUACGGGGUUCUCCUGUGGUCCAUCUUCACCGGGAAGGAACCUUACCCAUAUGCUCAAUCUAGUCUGGUGCGGUUUCGGAUCCCACUUGGAGACCGUCCCGAUUUAGAGUCCCUGGACGUGGCCGGUGUGGAGGGCCUGAGCGAUAUUGCUGAGCUGAUGAAGAAAUGCUGGGAUAAAGACCUGGCUUGGAGACCAUCUUUUGAGGAGUGCCACCCUGUGACAAAUCGUGUGUUUGACCUGCACAAACGGGGGAUAAGCGAAGCCGUGUACAAUGUACAGAAGAAACUGGACUCUGACUCUGAGGCAUCUUUGAGGAAUUCCCGUAGUGAGACAGUGCUGGCUCCCACACCGCCUCCUCCUGUUCAUGCUUGUAUACAAGUGUGCAGUGAGGUGGAACCUCAAAAGGAAACUGGCAGUUGCCAAACUUCCCAGCUCAAACACAAGCCAGAAGAUUCUGUCAAGAAGCAUUCACAUCAGCCAGUCACAGCAGCUUCUCAGCGUCAUGAAACCUCCUCAUCCUCAUCCAAAUCAAAACAGCAUUUGACUUCCACGUCCUUAUCCAAUCAAAAACAACACACAACUUCCACGUCCUCAUCCUCAUCCAAUCACAAGCAACAUGUGACUCGCUCAUUCUUUCAUCCACCCUAUCUACCUUCCGUUCAACGACAGUAUUCUUCUCCUGUUCCCAAAUCAGGAUAUGGCAAUCUUAAUUUGACAGACCUCCAGUUUGUGCAGAUAGGUGACAACAAUCGCAUGCAUGUCAACAUUACACCCAAAAAGCAGCGCCACAGGAACCCGACAGCGCCCUCUAGAGUCAACCUGCCGGCAUCGCAGGCAGACCCCUAUAAGCCUGAGGGUGCCAGCACAUCCGACACACACCUCAAGUAAGGCUUUGAGCCGUCCAUGAUCGGAUGGAAAACAGGGAGAAAUAGCCGUGUCUGUCCCCUUUUUUUAUUUCUCACCUGUUCUCAUGUUCUCAGGUUCUCAAUCAUCAGCAUUGUCAUUAUAAUUAUGAACCAGUGCACACAAAUAUAUUCCUUAACUCAAUAAUGAUUCAUGCAAUAAUGAUUAAUCUGAAAUUGUGGUGCUUGGAUCUGUUGUAUACCAAGGCGGAUCAAAUGUAUAGUGUCAUUGACAUUGUGUCUUUUUUACCGAAAAACGUAACAUAUCAACAAUACUGAUGUGGAAAAUAAAUGCAAUGGGCGGUCAGGGACCUGCUCACAAGCCAUAUGAGAUAUGACACAUCGCAUGCUUUGUUGUCAAGAUGGCAAAUCAUUUUUCUUAGUUUAUUUAUCUUAUUUUCAUUAAUACUGUCAUGUUUUCCCCUCCUUUCCCAUGAUUCAAUAGUCCAUAGUCUAUUGUGAGAUCAGAGGAAGGGAUAUGUUUUUGUGAAGGAAAAUGUUAUUGUGAUG